GUUUUGGCUAGAAAGAAUGAACCCCACCAAAUUUUAUAGCGAUGCUAUUGAAUAUUGGAAUGGAAUUGAGCCUUCUGUAAAUGGAAUGUUAGGAGGUUUAGGAACUGGGCGUAUUCCUCAAGUUGAUGCGAUUGCCUCCCGUACUUUUUUGCGUCGUUUGGAUUACCGCCUCAAAAAGAUCGAGAGUUUAAUUGCUGCAGAUUGCGGAGCAGGAAUAGGAAGAGUAACGGAAUCUGUGUUGCUUAAAGUCGCCUCGCAUGUAGACAUUGUUGAGCCGGUGGAAAAGUUUGUGUCACAAGCAAGAACCAAUUUGCAGGAUAAGCCUUGCUCUUUCAUCUGUACCGGAUUACAAAACUGGGCUCCCGAGAAAAACCGCUAUGGCUUAAUAUGGAAUCAAUGGUGCCUAUCCCACCUUACCGAUGAUGAUUUGGUAGCUUAUUUGCUCUCUUGUUCAGAAUCGUUAUGCGAACAUGGAGUGAUUUGCAUAAAGGAAAAUGUUUCAUCCUUCACGGAAAGUUUUGACGAACAAGAUAGCAGCGUCACUCGCACCGAUGACUCGUUCCGGAAAAUAUUUCAAAGAGCGAAUUUAGUCAUAAUAGCGGAGUCUCUACAGCACGGAUUUCCUGACGAACUCUACCCUGUUAAAAUGUUUGCACUUGUUCCAAAACCCUCAAAGUAAGACAAAAAUUACGUUCAAUCAGAAAGAAUAGAAUGAGGAGUAAUUGGAAGAGUAAAUUUCAUUAAUAUUAUGAAUUGGUAUUGUACAUAAACAUAUAAAUCAUAAACAGAAAAGACACAGCAAUUGAGAUUCUAUGAACUGCUUGAUGCAGCAGGCACGAGUUUUUUCUUUUUCUUUUUUUUAGCCUUUGUUGACGACGAGCUUGCUAUUGCUGCGUUCGGUACGACAACCGUAGCAUUCUUAACGUCUUCUGAAUCAUUAAAUUUUUGAAGCUCUUGAGAAGCAGAUAUUGUAAACAUUAAAUCCCUUAACUGAUCUGAUAAAUCAGAAAUUUGCUGCUGCAUAGAGACAAUUUCCUCAACUUUCUUGUUAUGCCUAGCCUCUAAGGAUUGAAUUCGCAUCAACAAAUUCUCGUUCAUGCUCUUUUCUUCGUCGUAAUCAUGCCUCCAUUGGAUUAUUUCCGAAGAAAGCUUCUUGAUUUUGUUAUCCUUCUUCUUCAAAUUACCUUCAGCAACAUCCACCCGCGAACGAAGUUCAUUAUUAGCAUUUGAAGAGGCUGUGGUAAUCUUGGACUUUAGAGUUAUUUCUUCAUUCGAACGAGUUAGCUUUUCCGCCAUAGAAGAUAGUUGUGAUUCAUAAAAUAUACGCUGAGAUUCCAACUGCGAAGUUAAGAUUUGAGUGUAUUCAAGCCCCAUUUUCUCACGGAUCUUUAAGUUUGACUGGUCGAAAGCAGAACUUUCUCCGGCCGGCUUUGAAUCAUUCGAUAGUUCAACCACUUUUCCAUCUAGCUCGGACUGCAGCAAGCGAUGGACGUAGCUAUCGCCUGCAUAAUCCCAAACCCGUUGACUUUCUAAAUUCAUAGCAUAGCAAUGAUUGGUUUCAAUAAAAUGCUGCUUUGCAUGAGCAUCAUGAUAUCUGCCACAGCCAAUAUUACCGCAGAUAAGACACAUCCACAGAUCCUCUUCACAUGAGCAGGCAAAGCAUUUCCCAGAAUGACGGAGGGCUUGAUCUUUUUGGGUAUAUCUACAAACGGGGCAAGAAGAGUUCCCCCAUUUUUGUAAGCAUUGACAAUGGAAGGUAUGCUGACAAGCAAUAGUGAUAAGUCCUGUUACCGAAGAGUCCAUUCUCUCAAGACAUACCACACAUGUAGGAAGCUCUACAAGGGAGGGCGUAGGCGGAGCCAAGGGGCGUGAGAAAGUAGAUGCUCGUGAAGUAAUGUUCAUCAAAGGUGUAGGGGAAUCUGAAGGGCUUUCAACUUGAAUCUCAUCAACGUGAACGACAUGGCAUGUCUCGGGCUCUAUUUGACUGAAAGCUUUUCCAUUAUAUUCAGAAAAGAAACGAAUUACACUGACUUGAUCAACGAAUUUCAAAAGAGCGAGAAUCCGAUUCUGGACUUUCGUCCUCAACAGGCGAAUAUGACUUAUAGACCUACAACUCUUUUCUCCCAAAAAUCCGAGUAUAUCUGAAGGCGACAUAUAUAGAGGGAUAGCCAGAAUAGCAAGAAGGAGUCCGGGUGCACGGAAUUCACUGGUCAUAUCUGGAAUUUCUUUGUACAAAUGAAUAAUCCCAUGACCCAGACUAACUUCUUCUACCCUUGGGACAUGAGUUUGCUGGUGGUCCAUAGAAAUAAUUGAGAUUUCUUCCAAGCGAAACCCUGCGUGUUCUUUUGGAGGCCACCUGGUGUUUUUUUUGGAUUUAUUUUCGUUUUUUAAUGAAAAUAUAUCUUGAACGGGAUUUUCACAAACAAUUUUUAUGUAAUAAUGCAUGCAUUGACAGUUUCUACAAAGGUGGAUGGCAAAAUGGAAGUCAGUAUAAGCAAUAAAAUAGUAAAUGAAGAAAGCUGAUGAAG